GACUCCAUCUCUACUACCCGCACUACCUUCAAGCAUAUCGACUGCUUAAUCGAUAACGAGGCCAUCUACGACAUCUGCCGCUGCAACCUUGGCAUCCAGCGUACCAACUACGAGAGCCUCAACCGCCUGGUCGCUCAGGUCGUCUCAUCUAUCACUACCUUCCUCCGCUUCGAUAGCUCCCUUAUGGACGACAACGAGGCUACGACAUCUGCCGCCGCCACCUUGCUUGGUAUUUAG